AUGGGCCACCUGGACGGUGGGGGGAUCGGGCUGAAGGGAGGGGCCUUCCCCACAGGCCAGAUGAGGCUACAAGGGGGUGGGGGGCUGCUCCCCCGGCCCCGUCGCGGGGGCCACGAAGAGCCGCUCCUGAACGCCGCAGUCCAGUUUGAGGGCAGCCGGAGGCAGCCCGCGUUCGGCCCCCGCCCCCGAGCAGCCGGGCGGCGUCCGGAAGAGGAGAGGGGGCAGCUGGCCAGCGAGGCGUCUCUGGGCGCCUUUUCAGACCCCCGCCCCCGUGGGGCACGCUCGCUGCUGCUGUCCGUGGCCGAGAAGAGAGAGCGCCGCGUGGCACCAGGCUCUCACGCAUCCCACCUUGAGGCCCGGGCCGCUGCAACCCAGGCUUGGGUGGGAGGGGAGCAGCCUGACCUGCCCGCCUUCUGCCAUGAUUCUCUUGGCAUUUUCCUGCUCUUGGCAACAACCUCAAGAGAGGCUUCUCCUCUGAAUCUCUUUGGUGCUUCACCUGGUUGGCUGAACACUGGCAUGAGGGUGGCAGCGAGGAGAGCCAGGAACUGGUGCCAGCCUGCCACAGCUGUGGCUUUCAGGUGGUGCCAUCUGCUUCCAGGCCAGUUACAGCAACGAGGACUGGACAGCUGCCCAGGGAAGGAAAGGAAGAUUCUCAGCAAGGCCCCACCAGCUUUUCCUUUGUAUUUUGAACCCCAGUUCAGCAACGUAUCCCAAUUAAAAGCCGGCCGCCCGUCCUCUGAUAAGCUCCAAGACAGCCGGACCUGGUCAUUUUUAGGAGCCCAAAAGAUGAAAGGCGUCCGUCCCCAAUGCCUCUCUUUGGCCAGCGUGGCAGAAGAGGUUGCCGGUGCCUUCUCUCCAGCUUUUUCAAUUGCACAGGCCAGGUUAGGGGUCCGCCAGUGCCUGGUGGUCUCCCAUCCCAGGCACAGCAACGCUCAGCUUUUUCAGAUCCUCCAAGGGUGA